CUAACCGCAGUCAAGCUGAGCCAUGACAACACAGGAGCGAGGUACCUGCACCUGGCCAGAGAAGACACGAAUAACUUGUUCAGUGUGCAAUUCCGCACGACCCCGAUGGAUAGCACGGGGGUUCCGCACAUUCUGGAGCACACGGUGCUCUGUGGCUCUCAGAAGUACCCGUGCAGAGAUCCUUUCUUCAAAAUGUUGAACAGGUCCUUGUCCACUUUUAUGAACGCCUUCACAGCCAGUGAUUACACUCUGUAUCCGUUUUCCACACAAAAUCCCAGGGAUUUUCAGAAUCUGCUCUCGGUGUACUUGGAUGCGGUCUUUUUCCCACGUUUGCGGGAACUGGAUUUCUGGCAGGAAGGAUGGCGACUCGAACAUGAGAAUCCCAGUGACCCCCAGACCCCCCUGAUCUUCAAAGGAGUUGUCUUUAAUGAGAUGAAGGGAGCAUUUACAGACAACGAGAGGAUAUUCUCACAGCACCUUCAGAACAGACUGCUUCCUGACCACACGUACUCGGUGGUCUCCGGAGGCGAUCCGCUGUGCAUCCCGGAGCUCACCUGGGAACAGCUGAAGCAGUUUCACGCCACUCACUAUCACCCGAGUAACGCUAGGUUCUUCACUUACGGUAAUUUUCCGUUAGAACAGCAUCUGAAACAAAUUCAUGAGGAAGCACUGAACAAGUUUCAGAAAAUUGAACCAAGUACCUCGGUGCCCGCUCAGAAGCCGUGGGAGAAGCCCAGGGAAUUCCAGAUAACGUGUGGCCCGGACUCGUUUGCUACCGAUCCCUUUAAGCAGACGACGGUCAGCGUUAGCUUCCUCUUACCAGAUAUCACUGACACGUUCGAGGCCUUCACGUUGAGUCUCCUGUCUUCACUCUUGAUUGCUGGGCCCAAUUCCCCCUUCUACAAAGCCUUGAUCGAAUCUGGGCUUGGCACAGACUUUUCUCCUGACGUUGGAUAUAACGGCUACACCAGGGAGGCCUACUUCAGUGUCGGCCUCCAGGGCAUUGCGGAGCAAGACACUGAGACCGUCAGGACGCUCGUAGACAGAACGGUGGACGAAGUCAUUGAGAAAGGAUUUGAAGAUGAUCGGAUUGAAGCUUUACUUCACAAACUGGAAAUACAAAUGAAGCAUCAGUCCACCAGCUUUGGGCUUACCCUCACAUCAUACAUAGCCUCCUGCUGGAAUCACGACGGAGACCCCGUGGAGCUCCUGCAGUUGGGAGGUUUCUUGGUUAAAUUCAGGCAGUGCCUGAAGGACAAUCCCAAAUUUCUGCAAGAAAAAGUAAAGCAGUAUUUUAAGGAUAACCAGCAUAAGCUGACUUUGUCGAUGAAACCAGAUGACAAGUAUCAUGAGAAACAAGCACAAAUGGAAGCAGAAAAGCUAAAGCAAAUGGUCGGUUCUCUCUCCCCGAAAGACAAGCAGCUGAUCUAUGAGAAAGGUCUGGAGUUACGGACUGAGCAGAGCAAGCCCCAGGAUGCCUCCUGCCUGCCGGCGCUGAAAGUUUCCGAUAUCGAGCCCACCAUGCCUGUCACGGAGCUGCACGUGGUCCUGGCAGGCGGAGACACCCCUGUCCAGUACUGCGCGCAGCCCACCAACGGCGUGGUCUACUUCCGGGCCUUCUGCAGCCUGGACACGCUUCCCGAGGAGCUGAGGCCCUACGUGCCCCUCUUCUGCAGUGUCCUCACCAAGAUGGGCUGUGGCGUCCUUGACUACAGAGAACAGGCUCAGCAGAUAGAGCUGAAGACGGGGGGGAUGACCGUGUCCCCCCACGUGCUCCCCGACGACUCCCAUCUGGACACGUACGAGCAGGGUGUGCUCUUUUCAUCUCUCUGCCUGGAGCGAAACCUACCAGACAUGAUGCAUCUAUGGACUGAAAUUUUUAACAACCCGCGCUUUGAGGAGGAGGAGCGCUUCCGAGUGCUGGUCAGGAUGACUGCUCAGGAGCUCUCAAAUGGGAUCCCAGACUCCGGGCACCUCUACGCGUCCAUCCGAGCGAGCAGGACCCUCACGCCCGCGGGGGACUUGCAGGAGACCUUCGGCGGCAUGGAUCAGGUGAGGCUGAUGAAGAGCGUUGCGGAAAUGGCAGACGUCACGCCCGUCCUGAGGAAGCUCCCGCGUAUCAAGGAGCAUCUGCUAAACCGUGACAACAUGAGGUGUUCGGUGAACGCUGCCCCGCAGCAGCUGUCUCGGACGGAGCAGGCGGUGGGGAACUUCCUCGGGAGCCUCGGGCGCCCCCACGUGGUCGAGAAACCUGUGCACAACGGUCCUGACGGAAGCACACACGUCUGUGGCUCCCAGAUCGUCAGAAAGCUGAUCACGGACCCCUCCUUCAAGCCCUGCCAGAUGAAGACCCACUUCCUGCUGCCCUUCCCCGUGAAUUACGUGGGCGAGUGCAUCAGAACCGUCCCCUACACGGAUCCGGAUCAUGCCAGUCUUAAGAUCCUUGCGCGCCUGAUGACGGCAAAGUUCCUGCACACGGAGAUUCGAGAGAAAGGGGGCGCCUACGGCGGGGGCGCCAAGCUCAGCCACAGCGGGGUCUUCACGCUCUACUCCUACAGGGAUCCGAAUUCCGUGGAAACGCUCCAGGCCUUCGGGAAGGCUGUGGACUGGGCUAAAUCCGGGAAGUUCACGCAGCAGGACAUUGACGAAGCCAAGCUGUCUGUCUUCGCCAGUGUGGACGCUCCUGUCGCACCCUCAGACAAAGGAAUGGACCACUUCCUGUACGGCCUGUCGGACGAGAGGAAGCAGGCGCACAGGGAGCGGCUCUUUGCGGUCAGCCACGACAGCCUGGUCGCCGUGAGCCACGCGUACCUCGGCACCGCGAGGAGCACGCACGGGUGGGCCAUCCUCGGACCGGAGAACGCGAAGAUUGCUGAGGACCCGUCGUGGAUCACACGAUAGCUCCCCGCGGUGUCCCCGCCUGCGCAAGGGAGCUCGGCGGCACCUACGGCGGUUCUUGAACCUUAAGUCUCUGGACUACAUUUAAUUUGAAAGGUCAGAAAGGUUACUGCUUUUCCCAAAAAUCCUAAUGUCAUCCUUGAAGUUUUGCCAAAGGUUUUAUUAAGUGGCAAGUCAGACAAAACCUCUUCUGUCUUAAAGGAGGAAAUACAGUGACCAUGAAGUAACUGAAACAAUCAUGUAUUAAAUGUGCAAAGAUGCACAAAUUAGAAUUUUAAAACUUUCUAGUGACAUAAAUGCCUAUUUUA